CGUAGGGGGACCCCAGGAGGUGCUGCCGGUUAUUAGCGACUGCGUGGCGUGGUGCGGCGCGUCUCGUGGUGGUCGUGGUGAUCCUCGUGCUCCUCUCCUCGGUGGUGGUGCCAGCCCCCCCCCCAUCACGCAGACCAUGAACCCGGACGAGGUGGUGCCCCCCCCCACCGAGCUGUCUCGAGGCGCCCACGUGCGCAGCCUGGAGCAGUACGCCGAGCUGUACGCGAGAUCCAUCCAGCAGCGGAGCGCGGGAGAGUUUUGGAAGGAGAUCGCGAGGGAGUUCCACUGGCAGCGAUGGCCGCCGCAGGAGGACGUCCUCAGCUACAACUUCGACGUGCGGCGCGGCCGCGUGUUCGUCGAGUGGUUCGCCGGGGGGCUGAUGAACGUCUGCUACAACCUCCUGGACAGGAACGUGCUGGAGAAGGGACUCGGGAACCGCGUGGCCUUCUACUGGGAAGGCAAUCGCCCUGAUGAGAGCUCACAGAUCACCUACGCCGAACUCCUCGCCGAGGUCUGCAAGUUCUCCAACGUCUUGCUUGCCAAAGGCGUGCGGAAGGGCGACCGCGUCGCCCUGUACCUCCCCAUGGUGCUGGAGUUGGUGGUGGCCAUGCUCGCCUGCGCCAGGCUCGGCGCCGUGCACUCCGUCGUGUUCGCGGGGUUCUCUGCGGACGCUCUCCACGACCGCAUCGCAGACUCGCAGUGCCGCCUCCUCGUCACGGCCGAUGGAUUCCAGCGCGGGGACAAGUCGAUCAGCCUGAAAGAGAUCGCAGACGAGGCCUUGAAGAAGAACGCGGAGGAGGACGACGUGAAGGUGGAGCACUGCAUCGUGGCGAGGAGGUUCGGCGAGCAGCAGAACGGAGUGGCGAGCGAGGCCCUCGUGGUGCCGUGGACGAGCGGACGGGACAGCUGGUGGCAUGAGCUGAUGUGCGGGGCGAGUACCACGUGCGAGCCCGCGUGGUGCGACGCCGAAGACCCGCUCUUCGUCCUCUACACCAGCGGCUCCACCGGCAAGCCCAAGGGGGUGCUCCACACCACCGCGGGCUACCUGCUCUUCGUGGCCACCACGCACAAGCUCGUGUUCGACAUUCGGCCGCAGGACGUGUACUGGUGCACGGCCGACAUCGGCUGGAUCACCGGCCACUCCUACAUCGUCUACGGACCCUUGGCCAACGGCGUCACGAGCGUGCUGUUCGAAGGCAUCCCGACGUUCCCGGACGCGGGGCGGUUUUGGCAGACGGUGGAGAAGUACGCGGUGAGCAAAUUCUACACGGCGCCCACCGCCGUCCGGCUCCUCAUGAAACACGGAGACGCCUUUGUGCUCAAACACAGCCGUCGGUCCCUGCGAGUGCUGGGCACCGUCGGGGAGCCCAUCAACCGCGAGGCGUGGCACUGGCUACACGGCGUCGUCGGAGGCGGCCGCUGCCCCAUCGUCGACACGUUCUGGCAGACGGAGACCGGAGGGCACGUGCUGACGCCGCUCCCGGGCGCCACGCCGCUCAAGCCGGGCUCCGCGACGCUGCCGUUCUUUGGCGUGGAGCCGGCGAUCCUCGACGAGCGUGGGGAGGAGCUGCGGGGCGAGGCCGAGGGCUUCCUGGUGUUCAAGCGGCCGUGGCCCGGGAUCCUGCGGACGGUGUUCGGCGACCACGAGCGGCUGGAGGCGACGUACUUCGGGAAGUUCCCCGGUUACUACGCGACGGGGGACGGCUGCAGGAGGGAUAAAGACGGAUAUUACUGGAUCACGGGCCGCACAGACGACAUGUUGAACGUGUCUGGCCACCUGCUGAGCACGGCGGAGGUGGAGUCGGCGCUGCUGUCCCACGGCUCCGUGGCCGAGGCGGCUGUGGUAGGGCGUCCGCACGCGCUCAAGGGCGAGAGCCUCUACUGCUUCGUGACGCUCAACCACGGCCUGGAGCUCAACCCGUGCCUCGCCGCCGAGCUGAAGAAGCGAGUGAGAGAAAAGAUCGGUCCGAUCGCCACGCCCGACUUCAUCCAGAGCGCACCGUCGCUGCCCAAAACGCGCUCAGGGAAGAUCAUGAGACGGUUACUGCGGAAAAUCGCGCAGGACGACUCGGACUUUGGGGAUUUGUCGACGUUGGCGGAUCCAGGGGUGGUGCAGCUGCUCUACAGCUCGCGCUGCAUCAACGGUCACUAGAGCCAGCGUGGAGAGACACCGCGCAGAGACACAAAGAUCACAGAGACACCACCCAGAGACACAGAGAUCACAGAGACACCGCGCAGAGACACACAGAUCACAGAGAGACACCGCACAGAGACACAGAUCACAG